AUGCUUCAACAAUUCAACGAAAAUUAUAUCGUGUCAACUGAAGCUUCCCAGAGUCCUCCUCUCCCUCCUCUCCUUGCUACAGGUAAUACAGAAUCAACUAUAUCUAGUUCUUCUGAACCUUCUUUACAACAGCACCAACAACCCCUUCUAUCACAUCCAUUCCCACAAUCACCUGCUCCUCAACCGCCAAUCUUUUCUUCCUCGCCACUACUCGCUUGUUAUGAUUUUCGUGACAUAAUUGCGCCAUCACAACUACCACAGGGCGAACAUCUAGAUAUUACAGAAUUUAAACAAUACGAUAGAGAAAAAUAUGAAAGUUCUAAAACUGGUGUUAAUAAUUGUAAUAGGAGACGAAGAAAACAAACACAAAUACGUGUCGAAGAUUGUGAUACUGCUUCUUCGUUGGAUGGAUAUGACGAUGAUGAUAUCAGUAACAAUAUUAAUAUCAAUAAUCGAUCAACACAUGCUGAAAUACGUCGUCAAAUGCAUAUUCAAUCUGAACAGAAAAGACGUGCAGAAAUCAAAGAUGGAUUUGAAGACCUUCGACGUCUUUUACCAAUUUUUAACCAUAGUCGUAAGAUGAGUAAGGCAUUGUUGCUUCAAAAAAGUAAAUGA